AUGGAGCGAAUACUUUCACAAGAACCAUUCACAAAAAUCACACGCAAGAAUUCACAAUCUAUUCGUUUUAUAACUUUCAAUGUUAACGGAGUGAAGACAGUAUUUAACUAUCAUCCCUGGAACAAGUUCAACAAUGACUUCAACGCAAUGUUCAACUCUCUAGAAGCAGAUAUUAUUACAUUGCAAGAGUUGAAACUCACAGAGCAAACUAUGGGGAUGCUAAAGAAUAUCGGACAUCUUGAUGAUUUCCGAUCCUUCAUUAGCCUACCGUCUACGAAAAAAGGAUAUAGUGGAGUAGGCUUGUUUGUGCGAAUACCACGUAGUUCCGCGCAACAAGAAUGUCUAACGGUGGUGAAAGCCGAAGAAGGGAUCACUGGAUGGUUGUGCGCAAGAGGAUCUGAUAAAUCAUAUCGAGAAGUAGAGGGGAAAGUUGAAGGAACACAGGAAGAGGAUGGACACGACGCGUCUAUUGGUGGAUAUACAGAUAUUACAAAAGAAGAAGGAUUGGAAUUGGACAGUCAAGGAAGAUGUGUAGCAAUUGAAUUGGCAAACAAUUGUGUUGUCUUUGCAUUGUAUUGCCCAGCAAAUUCAAUGGGUACAGACGAAGGCGAAGCUUUUCGGAUGAAAUUCCUUACUCAUUUACUUUUACGAUGCCAGAAUCUUGACAGAAUCGGCAAAAAGGUAGUAGUCAUGGGUGAUAUCAACGUGAGCUUGGACCUAAUAGAUAGCGCUGAGGGUAUCAAUGAUCGAUUAAUGAAGAAUCUUAUUACCGAUUGUCGCGAUGGACAUACAUUUGAGGUGCAAAACUAUGAAGAAUGUUGUGGAUUCAAAACAUCACGACUGUUUCGGCAAUUAUUGAAUAGUUAUGUGUUUUCUUCAAUGUGGCAUAGCCUACUGCCGGAAAGUGAAAAAAUGAAUAAUCAGUUUUUAUACGAUACAACUCGAUACAUCCAAGGUAGAAGACGUAAGAUGUACACGGUGUGGAAUACAUUAACGAGCUCACGACAAAUUAAUUAUGGAUCGAGAAUAGAUUUGAUUCUUUGCAACUCACACGAAAUGGUUAAAUCCAUUUCGAAUGCCGAUAUAUGGCCAUUUAUAUUGGGAAGUGAUCAUUGUCCCGUGUUUACCGAUUUCGAUUUAUUACCCAGGAAAGAUGAUGUAGGUGAUUUUCCUAUACAACAAUAUACUAAAUUAGCAUUUGAAGCGAAAAACCAUUACAAAUUAAACAAAAGCAGAGAUAUUUCAACACUUUUCCUUAAUGGAAGAAUAAAAAAAAGACAAACAACAGAGUCCGAUUCAGAUACCUCAGUUGUAUCGGCAAGCACCACUUGGACGAACACUGAAGAACCACAAGAGCUCAAGGACUUGCAUACUUGCACCCAGCCAACUCCCUUAUCAUCACAACACAAUGAGGGAAAUAAAAAGAGACCAUCAAGUCGACUUAUUUAUACUAGUAGGAAAGUCAAAAAGCCAUCAAAGCCUCAAAAACCUAUUAAUCAGUUUUUUUCGUAA